CAGCAUUGGAUCGGGUGUGCGCACAUCGAGGGUCUGCCCCUUAGCUGAAAUAUACACUCGUACCUGUCCGUCAAAGUCAACGAUGCUACAGAACAUAUUUAUUCCCAUGAGACAUUGUUAUAAACAAGAAUCGCGAACAGGUGCCAGGGACAAUAGGAACGGGUUCUAGGACCAGGUGCAAUUAACAAGAACAGAAACUCGCGGCCUGUUUUCACCCGGAUUGUUCUGCCGGAUCAUGCCAGGAUGGGGCGACAAUCCUCACUGUCCGGAUUUCUAAUUCUCACUUAAACGUAUCACCUUCACAAGGCUUUGUAACAAAAUGGAGCUUCACCAUCUUCUUUCAUGGAUGUGUCUCGUGAUUGUAAAUGCCGGACCUGCCGACAGAGGAAGGAACGAUAUCACUUUAAACACUGAAAAACUUAACGAACUUGGCAGCCAGGGACAAUUGUUGUUACGUCACAUAGCGAUCACAACUCACAGCUGCGGCAUUAAGGAACAACCGAAAUUCCGAAGGAAGUUACUUCGUCACAGCCCCGUCACAUGCAACGACGGAAGCCCGGCUGGGUAUUAUAUAAGAAAAUCGCACGGAAGCUCAAAGUGGAUUGUAUUUUUAGAAGGUGGAUGGUACUGCUUCGACAGGACGAGCUGUGCAGAGAGAUACACAGUCAUGCGCGACGUCAUGAGCUCCAGAAAUUGGCCUCGACAUCGGAAAGCGUCAGGAAUAUUGUCAUGGGACCCGGAAGAAAAUCCAUUUUACUUUCACGCAAACAUGGUGAUUGUACCGUAUUGUUCCAGCGACUCCUGGAGUGGAGCCAGAAACGCAUCGUCAAGAGGUGAUUUCACUUUCAUGGGUUCCCUGAUCCUGGAGGAGGUGGUGAAGGAGCUGCUCAAGAAGGGGCUGAGGAACGCAAAGAAGAUGCUGGUGAUGGGCAGCAGCGCUGGGGGCACGGGAGUUUUGAUCAACCUGGAUCGCAUAGCGAAGGUGGUGAAGGACCGCGCCCCGGGGGUGGAGGUGAGGGGUGUCGUGGACGCAGGGUGGUUCCUGGACAACGAGCCCUACAAAGAGAGGCAUUGUCGGGACGCCUACACAUGCUCCCCAAAAGACGGCAUCAAGAAGGGAAUCGAAUACUGGCAACCCCGUCUACCGGAGGACUGCAUGGCCAGACACCCUUCUGAGGUAUGGCGGUGCUACUUCGGCCAUAGGAUAUAUCCUUCAUUGAAAACGCCAGUUUUCAUCAUCCAGAACCUCUACGACGCAGCCCAGAUCAAGGUGGAUAAUGUAUUCGAGGACAAAGGUCGGGGGUCAGAUCUCUCCAAUGACCAAUGGAUGUACCUGUUACAACUGGGCGAAGAAAUCAAGGACACGCUCGUGAAUGCAUCUGCCGUCUUUGCCCCAGCGUGUGUGUCGCAUGACGUCCUCACCAAGAGUGAGUGGCACACGACCAGCAUAGCAGGGGUGACCUUGGCUCAGUCCAUUUUCUGCUGGGAGGAGAGCAACGCAGGCAAGCGACAAUGUGGAAAAUCUACCUCAAAUAAAAGAAAAAUCAGUCUGAUGGGAGUCAAUGAAACUCCACUGGCGGACGAGCCUCCAGCUGGUCCUGUCUAUCAGAGGCGUCGACAGAAGAACCGGAAGAAGAGGAGGCGAAACAAGAAGAAGAGGAGGAAGAAUAGAGGUCGCCGUGGAAACAGAGACAAACGAGCAGCCAAGAGUAACUGCAAGUCCCAUCUGAUUGACAGUUGCCCGUGGCCCCAUUGCAACUGUUCAUGUCCCAAGUGCCCGUGGGCCACAAUGGCGGAGGUGAGCCAGUACUUCAUGAAGUCUCUGGCGGGUGUCAUGGGGAUCGACCCCAAAAAGAUGCAGAACGUGAAUUUGUGCGGAUACUGAGACAGUCAUCUGAAGUUCCGAACUCAGGCUUCUUGCUUUGACAAUAUGUCGUGCGGAAAGUAGCACACCACAUUAUACCUCCAUAUCUCGCGAUAUUUAGCGAGAUCCAGUCCGGUCCAAGAGACUCGCUUUGGGGCACGACUCUAUUAAGGCGAUAGUUUUGGGAAUGAAAGACUACAUGACCCUACAUGUUGACACUAACUAUAAUAUGGCGAACGUGCCGUCAUUCGUUUAUAUCGGGUCAAGUGGCACUGUGGAAAAUAGUUUCAACAACCCGAGAGCCGCUUUAGAACGUGGAGCCAAGGGUUUGUGAUGAGAUGGAUAUUUCUGCCACAUUGAUGAUGAGUUGCAAUGCAAUCUAAAUCUAAUUAAAAUAACAUCUUUUAUUCCGAUAAGACACCUCUAUGCUUGAAGAAUUUUGCCAAAGAAACUAGCCACAGAAGGCAAAUAUACCCCUACAGUACAAUACUCGUGGAUUUUAGAUGCCAUGGCCUUCGAAAAUAACACGAUGUAUAAAAAAAUAUCUAAUAUUACGCGGCUUUCUAUUUUUGCAUUCGGAUUUGCUCGACUCGAUUCGUUUUCGAAAUACAAAAAUCAGAUAUCGUUGUCUGGACAUAUGGUACACGUGCGCACAUAUCGCUUAAUCGUACCGAAAAUUUAGAAGCAGUUCGCAUGACUGGAUUUCUAUUGAGAUGUGUUGAGGUCUUCUUGUAGAGGGUGUAUCCUAUCGGAGUAAACGAUCUGAUUUUAAUGAGAUUGAAUGCAGCCUGUAAUUCUCUUUGUAUAUAAUGUCACGUGACAUGGCAUCCUUGUUGAUUGGAUAUUGUGGUAUUGUGAUGUCACUCCGAUUUUGAGUGUUGAUUUGCUGGCUGCAGUGACGUCACUCCGAUUUUGAGUGUUGAUUAGCUGGCUGCAGUGACGUCAUAUGUUGUGUUCUGUUGCUCAUGCGCGUUCAUUGACUUAUUACAGAACUCCGAUCUACCUCCUGGGUAUCACGAUAUUCACUACAGGCUUCAAGUUCUGCUAUUGUUCGUAUUGCGUUUUAUGUUUUAUUCGUUUUAUUUCAAAGAGCUACUUUCAACAUACCUUAUCAAAAUAGGUUCAAAUACAUAUUGGAAUAAUCCAAUCAAUCAGUAUGUAUUUUUAUGUUAAGUUUCGAUAUCUACCACGACAGUGAAUAUCAUAUAAACGGGCUAUAGUGUGUUGGUUUCUUGAAAGUGUAGAUCAUUGUUUAUAAUGAGGAAUAUUUAAAUGGGGGGUUCUUUAAACGAAGUAUGAAGAUGCUAAAAUCACAACGUGCAGAUUUUGUAUUUUCGACAGAAGGAAUGGAAAAUACGAAAAGGGCAAAAUUUCCAUUUCAAUUUAAGUAUUUUUUGAAAAAAUUAGUUGGGUAGGAAAAAUGUGGGCGGUAGUUUUCAAGCUAAAUUUUCAUCAUGUUUUUAUUUUAGUUAAUGAAUUAACUUUAUUUUAGUUAAAUAAUUUAUUUAUAUUGACAGAAAAUUGGUUUGGUUUGUUGUUUAAACAUUUUACUUAUUUUAGUCGGCAGCAUAAAAAAAACACUUACAGUUUUUGUGUGUUUUUUUUCACAUUUAAUUUUUUGGGAAUUGGCAGAUUCGUAAACAAAGGUUUUAAAAGCGUCUGGUAUAGCUACGUAUUAGGCGAAGGAGGUGUAUGGCGAAGUGUAUGAGUUCGAAGCCUUUGCGAGAAUCAUACAUCAUUUGUUCAUUAGAAUGGUAAGUCAGUUUCGAUAUUUUGUCUUUAUAUACUGAUGGAAAUAGAUAACUUAACGCCUACAAAUAUACACAUUUGUUUGAUGAGACAUCAAAUAAGUAUUUAACCUGUAAUCGACCGGAAAUGGUAUAACGAUUUAAGGGUACUAAAGUCUCACUCUUGGAAGUUAUCCGUUUGUGACGUCAUCAUACAGUAAUGUUAACAACGGAGACACCUAUUGUCAUAUUGUUCAACUGACCAAUCAGCUAUAGGAAUGUGAAAUACACGUGUGACAUUAGGGUGAAGAUGUUAAACACCAGGGUCUCCACAACCAAAUGAUACAGUAAACUACGGUUAUAACGAACUAAAAGGGACCAUUAAUUUUAGUUCGUUAUAACCGUAGUUCGUUAUAGGCAUAUAUACAGCCUAUAUACAGGAAAUGGACGGGACCCAAAAUCAGUUCGGUAUAUCCGUCAGUUCGGUAUAAGCGUGUUCGUUAUAAACGUAGUUUACUGUAGUUUAAAUAUAUGGUAAAAAUUGGACAACAAAACACUCUUAAAUCCACAGGGAUGUUAAACUGUUUCGAAACCGUUGACUUAUUAUCACUACAGUGAUUAGACAAUCUGUAUUUGUCUGCAUGAUUCUCAUCUCCAAACAACCUAAAAUUAUCGUCCUGCUCAAAAUAAAAAAACAAAAAAUGGUUUCGUGCCCGCUUAUAUAUAUCCUGAAAGGUUGGAAAAAGUAACGAAUUCUCUGCAUCGUUACAAAAUACGCACAAGGAUAUUCGACGAAGGAAAGUGUGUGUUUCAUCACUUAAAGGCUCUAACACCUUCGAAUAAAGCACAAACGACAUCGGACUGAACUAGUUUUGCACAUUUCUUUGAACAACAGACAAAUUUAUUUAUUGUGUUCACAACCGGACAUAAGUUGUUUUUAUUAUCAUGUUGUUUACAUUCUUCCGGCCGCCCUCUCCCUCUGAAGCUGACCUGGUGAUGAUAAACACAUGGAAUAAUACAGGGGGCCUAUUCAGAUGCAUUUUAAAUAUUGACCCUAACAACUUAAUGCCAAUCGCAGGCUUAGUAAUAUGACCUUUAUGUUCUCUCAGCUUUUAAAGAAUAAGGUAUGUUGGCUUUUUUGCUGGGAAAAGUUCCCUGGGUAAGAGAAAAAGCAACUCUUGUUCCGUUUUUUGUAUUUUUUUCGUCAGGACAUCACCAAUUUGAUGCAUACCUCAAGUCCGUAGAAGGAUGCUACACUUCCGUAAGAUAUACCACUCAAAAGAAGUUAAGGACUCCCGAUUCUUUCAUGUUAAUACCGUUGAUGUCAUGGCAUGACAGAUCAGCUAUAGUCGUAUGAAAGAAUCGGUCGGUCCUUAACUUCUUCUGAGUAGUAUAUGCUUCAUCUUCAUCUGUUCUGGAAAGGAUACCCAGGUAAGGCUGCACAUAGUUAGUUGUGCUGUAUAAUGCCUAUUAAUGGAGGUUGUUGGUAACCAUGGCAACACGAUGUCACGUGGGCAGGAGGCCCUGUAUAUUUCAUGUUACGGGUAUCGAGAUUUACCAAGAGUUGUAUUACAUGUUUCAUGUCAGUAUUGGAUUUUCUUGUAGCGCUUGUAUGAUUCUCUGCCGUUAAGCGUUGUUACCAUGGUGAUCUUGACAAUUUUUGCGCCCUACCUUAUAAUCCAUGUUUCUGUUUUGUCAGUCAAAAAAUAUCAUCCAUAGUUUUCGUUGAUUCUGUAUAUUAUGAAAAAAUUAUGAAGAACUAUUUGAACUCUUUUUACGGAAAUCAUUUGGAAUAUUUGUCACAUGGUCUAUAAACUUGCUUGCAGAGGAUUGCAACAUAAAAUAAUGUUUCUCACCAGCGGGCGCUGCCGUACAUGUUCAACACACUGCCUUUUGUUAGUCUUGGGGAGGUGCGACUUCUCGGAGUGUGCGAGAAAGUGCGUGAUUUGCCCCGAUAUUUUGAGGGCAUAUUUUCUAUUUUCGUGUUAUGUGUUUCGAAUUUUGUGUACAUGCAUAUUACUGCAUUUUAUUUCAGUACAUAAAGUCUGAGCUGUGAAUAGUUUUUGUAUGCAAAGUGCUAUUUUAAUCAUUUAUUUGACACUAACCAUAUGUAAGGUUAUUGAUUAAAAAAAGAAAUGUUGAUACUUGUCAAUACCAAAGACGUAUAAAACUGGGCGAGAA